AACAAAGAAAGAACGAAAUAAAAAGUCAGGAAAACAACAAAAGCCCAAAUAUUAAUUAAUUAGAAAGAAGAGUGAAUGACUGUGACUAAUAUUAAACUUUAAUAAAAUAUUAAUUUCAUACAUAGAACUUAAUAAUAUUCAUGUAAAUAUAAAGAGUGAUAAGAAAUAUAAACUUCGGCUUGUGUCUAUUGAGAAGAGAAUAAAACUUGAAGUAACAGAAACUUUGGCUAAGACAUGCACUUCUCCAUUCCGGAUACGCAAGAAUUAUAUUCGGAGUUAACUGGAACCACCUACACAGGCUACAAUAUAUAUAUAAAUGGCAGCUACCAUUGUUGUUUGAGGUACAAACAAUUGCAUGCACUGCACGAACAGCUUCGUCGUAGGUGUGCAGAUCUCAAUAUCCAGUUACCAGCGACAUUCCCUCCAAAGCGUCUGCUACCAUUAACUAAUGGGCAACUAGAAUCGAGAAGGGCUUCUUUAGAACAUUAUUUGCAAUUAUGUGGACAAGAUGCCGUUAUUUCGAAAAUGGAUAAUUUUCAAAGUUAUCUGCUGAAUGCACAACAGGAAACUUCUUUAGCCGAUGGUAUUUUAGGGCUGGAUUAUAGUGGUAGCGAUCUUAAGCGUGUGUCAGCUGUUUUGGAGGUGUGGCUAUCAAAUGACCUCACCCUGCAGGUCAAUUGUCAUAUUGGCGAUAAUGCCAGCACGGUAUUGCGAAAAGUAUGUGAAUGUGUACAACUGCCCACGCAAUUUAUGCAACAUUUUUGUCUAUAUUUGGUGCGACGGCAAAAUAGUGAUAUUACACAAAACAAAUUGGUGCUUUUAAGACGAUUAAUGGACUUCGAAUCACCGUAUUUAUCACGUUUAUGGGCGCAAGAGAAGACUUUAUCGUGCCAAGUAAUGAUUCGUAAAAGCUAUUGGAAUCCCACAUAUGAUUUGGGACUAUUACAUGACCAGGUUGCUUUGAAACUGCUUUUUGCACAAAUUGUAUGCGACAUAGAUAAUGAAUGGAUAAUUAGCCCUCCCGAAGUUUUACAGAAGCUAACUAGUUUGCAAGAGCACGGGAUGCAAACAGAGUACAUAGAGAUGGCACGACAAUUACCGCUUUACGGGUGCUUGCAAUUCAGUGCGUCACUUAUCGACUAUCCGGAACCAAAAACCACAGCACUUAUUUCCAUUGGAAAUAAAGAAUUAAGUAUGCGUACUGCAAAAGCUGGCAAAAUUUAUGAGACUAAAUUUCGUGUAACACGAAUGCGUUGCUGGCGGGUAACAGCUAUGCAUAACACAUGCACCAUAGAUUCAUCAAUUUCAAACAGUACCGAUGAAAAUGCAAGUAAUUACGGAAAAUCGCCAACCAAUUUACAGCUUGCCUUUGAAUACUUAAUGUCCAAACAGACUUUACGAUGGAUUACCAUAACAAGUUCACAAGCUAUGCUUAUGUCAGUUUGUCUACAAUCAAUGGUUGAUGAAUUGCUGAAUUGUAAAGAUACUGUUGACGGUUUGAAUGCACGAGUUAGAGAAAUUUCUCAAUCCCAAUUGCUUUCAUAUGUUUCACGAAACGGAAGAGUAUCACAUAUUCCAUCGACAUUAACGUCAUCCGUCUCUACACCAUCUUUGUCUACAGAAUUAAUGUCAUCAUCAACUGCAACAACAGCGACUACCACGUCAAGUUCAUCUUCUUCAUCGUCGCCAACUGCACCUGUUAAAUUUUUCACUCAACGCACUCGCACGAAAUUCAAUCCAAAAAUAUCCAGUUCGAGUUCGUAUUCUGCAGUUUUCUUUCGUAACGGUGCUGAAGAGUCUGUCCACAAUGAGGCAUUCGAAGGUAUUGGGGAUGAUGAUCUUUGAACAGAAGGCAUUUCUAAGUAAAUUUAUAACUGCGUAAUUUUUGAAAUGCAUUUGGAUUUUAUUUAACUACUAAGUCGGUAAAUGUAGUUCUGCAAUUUAAGGAUAUCGAUCGCCAACACAUUGAAAUGUUAAAAUUGAUUAUUUUUUAUUCUUGUCAAAAAUAUUGCCAAAUUAUUUACGAUUAAUCUGUUAUAGAAAAUUUAGAUACUGAUAAAAGUUGAUUUUUUAUUUUUGUUUUAUGCAUAAACACAAUAAGUACAUAUAUAAAACUUUCACUCAGGACUCACGUCUUGGUGUGCCAAAAAGAUAUCGAAAGAAUUUGCAUUUAAAAUUGCAUUUCACGAUAUGCAUAUGCUUGUAUGUAUGUAUGUAAAUGAAUUUAUAUACGAAUCCUGUUUUUGUAUACGGACGUUUUUGAAAAGCUAUUUUUAGGAACGAAAUAUUUUAUGUAAGCAAGUUGUGACAAAAUAUUGUCAUUAUUCUGCAGUGAAAAUACAUAAUUUAAAUUUAUUUUAAAGAUUUCAAUGUUAAAAUUUUUAACUCAAAAUACUAGUAAAUCGAAAGAAGUUUGUCGCAUUGUGGUAACGGUUCUUAGCGCAUAAUAUUAGUAAUACAUAUUUUAACAUUUGACUCACUCUUAUAAAUAUUUAACUCUUUUGUAUAAACUUAUUAUAAUUUAAAUAAAAACUUAAAUCGAAAUAAAAGAUAUAUGAAGAAUUUAACUUACAAAUUGAA